AAAUGAUUAGAGCUAUACCAGCCUUAACAUUAACCAUCUCGGAUUCCAGGCGUUCCGGAACCCGGUAUUUUUCAAUCAUUUGUGUGACAAUUAAUUCUCUUCUCUAUAAUUAACUAAUAUUUCAUUUUAUAGAUUUUUAAUAAAAUUAUGUGUUAACACAAUUAUUUAUCAAAUAAUCAUUUAACAUGAAACAAAGCAAUUCCUUAACUUGGACUGUUGGAGUCUAUUAUAAUAUACAAAAAAUAAAACACUAAAAGAAAUCAUUACAAGAUUUACUUAUCUUGUUUCAAUUCAAAUUCAACAUUGACAUCUGCCAGAUAAUGCCUUUAGGAAGUAUCAUCCGUAGACUAUUCCAUUUCUUAGCCAAACCAGCCCUGACCUGAACCUAUAACUUUUAAAAUCGCUUUAAGGUAUCAAAUCUAGACACCUGUACCAUAUGACCUAGACUACCUAGCACCACGACCAUUCAAAUGCUAAUGAUCUUCUUAUACGUGUCUUAGCUAACUACUUCCUGAUUUUCCUUUAGUGAUAAAUAGGUUUGUAAAUGUCUUAUAAAGUGUCUGUCUAUGUAUAAAUGUUUUUAAAAAGUUAUUUAAGAUGACUUAGGUGAUAAAUCCAAGAUAUUAAAACUAAAAUACAGCUAACAGAUAAACACAUAAAACGCUUCCAAUUUAUAAGAAAGUUCCGUUAUAUGUAUCAAAUCUUUAAACGUCAUUUACACGAUAAAAGUUAUAUAAAAUAUUAAACGUUAUUGAACAGUGUACAUCAAUUUUAUUAUCUAAAAGAAACAAAACAAACAAUAUUUUUUUUACAAUUCCAAUCAAUGCAAUUGCAGUAUUUAUAUCGGCAGUUAUGUAAGUAACGCAGUAGCUUGAGCAAACAUUGAAGAUUUUGGUAAACUUUUCUUCUUGAAUUACAUGAGGUCAGUAACGAUGCAAUUUCACUUCAACAUAACUGAUACUGAAUUAAGAUAUUAUUAUUUAGUAUUUUUCAUUCUAGCAUCUGUGAGCGUGCUGGAUUCAAGAAAAGUUGCUAUAAAGAAAUGAAGUGGAAAGUACACAAAACAAAUUACGCAAUUGGCGUAUAAGUCAAUCAUACUCAAUUUAACAACUUGUAUAAUCUCUAUUGAAAAAAAAAAACAACAUAUUGAUCAGUUUUAUCGGUUUUACGGUAUAGCUGUCAAUACUUACUAGAAACAAAUAAAUGAUUUUGCAUCUGUUUUUAGUAUUGCUUUUUGAAUUUAAUAUUCCAUAUAAUAAUGUUCAUAAUAAACACCAUAAUAUUUCGAUUUUGUGUUGAUGAUGUCAGAUUCCUUUUGCUGGAAAUAAAAAAAAACGAUUGUAAAUGGAUAAUAUUCAUUAAGUUGUAAUAUCGUUUUCCGUAAUCUAAUAAAGAGAAUUGAACAACGAUUCUGUUGUGAUUCAAACCGAGAAUAUUAAUGAAUUAUUCAUUUGAAAGAAUCUAUAUAAUACUGUAAAACAUAAGAGGCUAUAGCUACUUAAACAAUAAACAUACAUGCAACAAGAGCUGCAUAUCUGGUACUGGUUCUGCAGUACGAACUGCAGUGAUUUUGCAAUUACUGAUACUGAUACUUCAUUACUGUCUCAAAUAGUGGUAUUAUAGAAUUUGCCAUCAGGUUUUCUAUUUGAGUUUACUAUUAAAGACAGAGCAAGAUUAACACUAAUUGAUUGCUACUAUUCUAAAUAAUCCUAGUUCAAGUGAUAUUGUUAGCACUAUAAAAGUUGUUAUUAAAUUUGUAAUAGAUUGGACAAAGGUGAGAAAGUGUGUUUUAAAUGAAAGAGGAUUGGUGACUGGUUUUUAAACCAUAAGAUAUGACAUGAAUAUAUGAUGUGUGUAAAAAGUAUGUUAAACCAUUAAAGUUGUCAAAAUAUAAGGUUAACUUCUACAGUAAUUAAUAAUUCCAUAUUUUUUGCUGAAUAAUGUUUGAUGGGUUUUUUUUAAUUUGAAGUGUACACAUGUGAAUUGAAAAUACUUCUUUAAAAAUGUAUAAUUAAAAUGAAUAUGUAAAUAUACAUAAUACGUUAUUUUGUUUGAAAGUGUAUAUUUAUUCAAAAUAUGAUGAAUAUAUAAAAGUGCUGGAAAUGAUACCUAAACUUCCUUAAAACUGCAGUACCGAGCGAAAAUCUAGUACUGGUACUGGUAAUGGUACUGCAUAACUUGGCAAGUACUGGUACUGGUAAUUAAGUACUAAACCGUAAGUACUGAUGCAGCUCUGCAUGUUACAUGUUUAAUGUCUCGAAUUCUUUAUUAUUUUAUUCUACUGGAACAAAGUAAAACAAAGUGUCAUCACAAAUACUUCUCAGUCAUUCAUCACUUAAGAAAAUGAUAUUAAUUUUAAUAAUUCACAAUGAAUUGCUCAAUAUUGUGCGAUCAUUGAAAAAAAAACAUUUGAUUUUCAGAAAAGUUCACUUGUCCGGCAAAUACAGUCAAAUGUCCUGGAAGUUAUUGUAUUGAACAACGAUUUCUUUGUGACGGACAUAAUGAAUGUCCUGGAGGAGAAGAUGAACAAGACUGUACUUGUGGAGACUCGGAUAGAGAAGUAAUCUUAUUUGUGGGAAAUGAUGACUCUGAGAGCAGGGAAGCAGCAACGCAUUUAGCUAAACAAUUUUUCACAAACAAUGACAGUAACACCAUACGAUUGUUUAAUUUUAAGAUUCUGCAUAGAGAAUUGAAGUUUGACAUAGAUUACAGGUUAUUGGAAAUAAACAUAGAACGUGUUACCGUAGAACAGAAAAUUAAGGAAACUGGAUGCAAGUUUAAAACAAUGGCAAGAGACUUUCUUAAAAAACUGCAGUUUUCCAAGCCAGAAAAAAGAGCGAUUAUUGUACUGGAAAACAGUAUUGAAUCAUCAGUUGUCGCUAGCUUAGCAUUGUCCAAUAUUUCAGAGCCAUCGUUUUCAAUCUAUCGGUUGAUAAAAGAUUUCAGUUCUUCACUUUAUAAAGAUAACAGAUACACAUUUGUAAAGGAUAUACACAUCAGUAAAUGGAGUUCUCUAUUUUCGAUUGGAUUCAGACGAUUUCCAGAAAUAUGUACAGAGACUACAAUCGUACCAUGUGCUGGGAAGUACAGAUGUUUGUCUAGUAAGCAAUGUUUACCAUUUGAACAAGUAUGUGAUGAUGUCAUUCAUUGCAGAAAUGGUGAUGAUGAACGACUUUGUAAUUCUGUAUGUCCAGAGAAAUGUAAAUGUACCGGAGAUGUUAUCAAUUGUAAGGCAGCCAAUAUAUCAAUAUCUGAUAUUUCAUCAUUGACUAUACAGGCUAGAAGUCUUGAUCUAAGUAUAAAUCCACAAAUCAACAAAAUACAUAAACACAAUUUAAAUUUUCCUUACAUGUUUCGACUAAAUAUUUCAUCAUGUAGUAUUCAUUAUAUUGAUGGAAGGGUCUUCUUUGACUUGAAAAAUUUGCUAUCGUUAGAUCUUAGCAACACUAGAAUACAGCAAUUACCUGAUAUGGUAUUUAGCAAGCUUCGUCAUCUGACCUAUUUGAAUCUUGACAGAAAUAAAGAAUUAACAAUGAUUUCAUCGACUGCUUUUAAAGGUUUGAAAGCAGUAAGAAGCUUAAAAAUUUCCGGCACAAACCUGAAAAAGAUUAGUUCAAAUACAUUCUCUGGCUUGCAGUUGGACAGUAUUGAUAUUUCUUACAACAGAAUUGAGGAAAUUGAAGAUUUUGCCUUCAAUGAUACGCUUGUUCAUAAAAUUAACUUUGAAGGUAAUAAAGUUAUAAAAUUCGGAGAAUCUAUGUUUAACGGCGUAAGAUCACUUCGGGAGCUUCAUACACCUGCGUUUAAAUUCUGCUGUAUCCGGCCUUAUUAUGUACGCGAAGAAGAUUGCAAACCAUUGAAGAAUGAAUUUUCUUCAUGUGAAGACCUUAUGAGAAACUGUGUACUUCAAGCUGUCCUUUGGAUAGUUGGGGUAGCUUCAUUGCUCGGGAACCUAUCGUCAAUUAUCUACCGUCUCGUGUACGAUCGUGAAAGGCUGAAAAUAGGUUAUGGCAUAUUUGUAACUAACCUAGCAGUUGCAGAUUUCCUCAUGGUGUUUACCUCAUCAUGA